AUGGAGGAAUGGGCCGAACAUUCCGUAGCCGCUCUCCUGGAGGGAAUCCUCAUUGAUUACCCGGACUUCAAAAUGUUCACACAAGACACCAAUCGACUCUUCUGGACGCUCAACAGCCCACUGGAGAGCGCAUUCCAGUACGGGCCAGGCGACUUGAUGGAGCCCUACUAUCGCCCUGUAGCUAUCGAAGAAUCUGCGAGUGGUCUAGAGCCGAGCUGGCACCCCGUAUCGCAAGAGUCUCUCAUGGCACCCCCAGUCACAACCAUCACCGUCCGAGUCGAGGCGCUCGACGAGAGGGAACAGCUCUGGGCCGAGCUUAAUCGCUACUGCGUCGUCGAUAUCCUGACGGACCCCGACCGGCCGCGGGCUAAAGACGUCCAGCUCGAGGUGACUACGGUAGGUACCUUUCUCACGAUCCACGAGUACGUCUCUGCCGUGCACCCGUGGCUCAUGGGAAUGCGCGAGAGGAUCCUGGACGCCUUAGGAAAGCUCAAACUCGAAGCGCCGUGGCCGCCCGAGACAAAGUUGGCCGUUCAUAUGUUCGGCGGGCCGAUACAUAUCGGAGCUGAAGACGGUUGGGCUAAAAGACACAGAAAGCCGAGCCCGCCCCUAGCCGUCGAGAUGACCUUGGCUGAGAAGGAGGAGGCCUCGCGGAAAGUCAUGGAGAGAAUGAAGGCGGGAUCUGCGGCUCGAAUUCGUGAGCUGGAAAGGCUCCGCCAAGAAGGGGACAAUUGA